AUGGGGUGGAAGGAAAGGCAGGAUCUUCAAGUGCUAGCGGGGUCGAUUGUCUUUCUCGGCGGAAUCAUCGGUGGCAUCUUCGGCUGGGGCGGCGCGAAGGGAUGGUCCGCUGAAAAACCGAUAGAUUGGCCCGAGCCAGACCGUUUCUGGCCGAAGCCAAAUGCAACCAAUUGCUCAAAUUUCGAUCCCCUUUAUGAAGCGCCAGUGCGUCACGUCGAAAAGGACUGCUACUCGAGAUGGUAUUAUUGGCAACUUCCGCAGGAUGAGGCCGAUGCUGUUUCAAGGGCUGUCGUUUGGAUUCUCUACGCAUUGCAUCAAAUCGCACACUGGGUUUUCAUUUGGUUUGCGCAGCAGCACAAGAAAAAGCUUUUGGAAAAUAAGGAAGAAGUUUACGUUUCGAAACUCCGAUGGUACAACUGGGCUCUUGUAGGAGUUACAGGGCUCUUCCACAUUGCUCAUCUCGUGCAAACCCACACGACUUACGAUGCUACCGCCAAAGAUGUUGUCAUUCAAGCAUCUCAAGGCUCCGUCAUCAUGAUGCUUGUAUUCGUCCUGUUGAUCGAGUAUCGCGACAGAGGAAUGGUCUUUGGUUGGCCGAAUCAAUGGUCUGAUGACGUUGUUGCUCAGAAACUCCGAAUGAGCCCAGGACCAAUUGAAUAUGUUAGAAAAUAUCAUGGAUAUGCAUUCAGCUGGGCGGUAAUCUUUACUUUUUGGUAUCAUCCGAUGGAGAAUACGUAUGGCCAUGCUCUAGGAUUUUGCCAUACGUACUUGGUCAUGAUCCAGGGCAGCUUGAUUUACCAAAAGAUCCAUUUGAACAAAUACUUUCGCUUUUUGCUCGAAACAUGGGUCUGGUUUCACGGUUUUGCAGUCGCAGUUAUGGUCGCAAAAGGAGAGUGGUGGGAUGAAAUGGCUCCGUUUAUGUUCGGCAUUGGUUUCGGCACUCUGAUUUUUGUCACGCAACUAUACGGUCUUCCUUUUUGGAGAAAGCUGAACCCAUAUUUCCGGCUCAUACCAGGGGUUCUUUGGAUUCUAGCGGUUGUAAUUGGAAUAACAGCGUCAUCUCUACCAAACAGCUAUAUCCUCACAAUGUUCCAAAUUCCACUUGGACAAAUGGGAUGUGCAGUUAUCGCCUGGUUCUUUUGCUGGGUCCUCAUGAAAUGUCUUCCUCCAAAACAACGAUUCUCCAACACCAUCUUUGCCGUCACAACGCUACUUAUGUACUGUAUCUUCAUUACAGUCUCGGCCCUAUUUCAGUAUUACGCCCAAAGCAUAGAAGUUCCAUUCAUCGCGAUGACUUACAUUCUUGUCUUUUUAUACAUGAUAGGCGCCAUCAUUGCUUUUUUCCUUGCUCCAGUUCCAGAAAACCUCCUGAUCUCAAAAGUCGAUCCUGAUUUCAACUCUGACACCCAACUUCAACAAAAACCUUCAACUGAAUAA